AGAGGGCACAACACGCUCUAUGGAAGGCGCGUUAGUGAGAUGAGUAUAAAAUUGAUAGGAAGAAAAGAAGCCAAACUCGAAUAGAAGAGAAGAGGGCACUCCCCACCGUAUAAUUCUUUUCCGCCAUUCGCCGGCGACCGAACCUCCCGCCAACGGUAGCGCGUGGCAUCCCAACCCGCCUCUACAAGCAGGGCAAUAAAUCGCGUAUACACACGUGUAUCUUAUACGCCAUAUUGCUAAGCUAUAACGGGAUUGUGGCUUAGAUUUUUUAUAUCAUCUCAAUAAUUCGAGAUGGAGCUGCUGUUUCAUUUUCAAUUGCGAUUCCUUUUCUGAUUUCAAGCUAAAUAGGUGGUCGCAGAAAGCGCUGUUUGCUCAUAACUUGCAUAGACGUAACUGUUGUUUACACUAAAGUCAUCAAUGGAAACAAAACAUGCUUUACCUAUUCAAAGAUCAGGCCCAAGACAAAUUAGUAGCAUCGGGGCCUCGGCAUCUCUAUCUGCUUCAUUUAAUGUUCCUCCAACUGUCCUGGAAGAGACAUAUCCAAGAUUUUCUGAAUCGCAGCAGGUUUCCUUAGAGAGGGAACUCAUGCAGCGUCCUCCAGCUGUUGUUUCAUCUUUGUCCUCCAACAGUGGGGUUGUUGGGCAUAUAUUUUCUUCUUCAUCAGGAAUUUCUACUGAUCUCCAUUUUUCAUCCAUCCAACAGCAACAAGAAAAUCCUCCAAGGCAAUCCCCUUUCAUUUCUCAAUCAACAAGUAGCAGAAAAUCAGUUACAUUACCACAUUCUGUUGAUUCUCAACUUCUUCAAUCCACUGCAUCAAGUCAUUUCAACAAAGAAAACAAUGAGUCUUGGUGCACGGAUACAUUGCCUGAUUUUCUUGAUUUUCCAAUGAGUACGGCGAUCCAGAGUAGUCAGUUGUAUGGAAGUAAGAGUAGUGGCAUCACCAUUCCACAUGAGGAUCUAGGUAAACCCAAUGAUUGGCAAGAUUGGGCUGAUCAGCUUAUUACUGAUAAUGAUGCUUUAACUGCUGAUUGGAGUGGACUGCUUGCUGAUGCAAGUGUCGCAGAUCCAGAACCAAAGCAUUCGCAGCAAUGCCCUAGUAUCUCCAACCAGCAGCCUCAUAUACCCCAACAACUCCCAAGUACAUCUGGAGAAAUUUGCACAAGUGGAGCUCAAUCAUCCUCAAAUGCUGCUCCAGGAAAGCAACGCAUGCGUUGGACCCCAGAACUUCAUGAGACCUUUGUGGAAGCAGUUAACAAGCUUGGUGGCAGUGAAAGAGCUACCCCCAAGGGUGUUCUCAAACUAAUGAAAGUUGAAGGUUUGACCAUCUAUCAUGUGAAAAGCCAUCUACAGAAGUACCGAACAGCUAGAUACAAACCUGAGACAACAGAAGAGUCUUCCGAGAGGAAAUCUGCCUCCAUUGAAGAUUUGUCAUCCCUGGACUUAAAAACGGGUAUUGAGAUUACUGAAGCACUGCGAUUACAGAUGGAAGUCCAAAAGCGACUCCACGAACAACUUGAGAUUCAAAGAAAUUUGCAGCUUCGGAUUGAAGAGCAGGGUAAGUAUCUUCAAAUGAUGUUUGAGAAGCAGUGCAAGUCAGGCACAGACUUGCUCAAGGGGGCUUCAUCGAGCAGUGAGAAUGCUCUGAAAGAGUUGAUAGAUGUGCAAAAUUCCAUUGCCAAAGAUAGUUUGGUGGUAGAAGCUGAAAAGAAGGUUCCAGAAGGUGAGCCGUCUAGUAUAGCCGAAAAACCAGGAGAAACUUCUCAGGUGGCAGGAGAGAAGCAAAAAGCACCCGAAGGCGUGCCCAGCUCACCACCCACAAAGCGUACAAAAGUCGAUGAGUAAGUCCCCGCUGCGUCUUAGAUUGUAGCAGUGCACCCCGGUCCUCGAGUAUGGGCUAGAGAGAGCUCACGAGAAGAUGUGAGAUUUUCAGUUUUUUCUGUUAAAUGAAAACUCAGAUCAGAGGCGUCGUUUUUUGUUUCCGCAAUGUUUACUUGAUACCAAUCUUGAAGAUUUUGGGUGCCUCAGACAUGCUCAUUGUGAAUUUUAGAUAGGGAAAUAAAGCCACCUUUUCGUCCCCAACUGAAUUUUUAGUUGAAGCAAUGUACAAAUGUAGGAGCCAAUAAAUAAUAUGGGUUCUAUGAAUGUGUAUCCAUUUUUUAAUGUCAAA